AUGAUUUUAUAUUAUAUUCUUCUAGCCUCUUUAAACUUUGCACACUCAAGUCAAAUCUGCAAAUCUUUGCAUGUUAGCACAAAUCUCAAAAAAACUAGAGAUGAUAUAGUUUCUAAAGGUAUUCCAUCCAAAUAAUGGAAUAGAAAAGCUAGUAUUGUUAUCUUCUUAUUAAUUUAGAAAAUCCAAUCAUAGUCCCAGCUUCUUAAAAUAUUGAUUAUCUUUAUAUAACAAGUGAUAAUCCUAAUAUGGGUUUAGAUAAUUUCUAAUUGGAUUUUGAUGAUCAUUACUUUGCAGAUUCUACUAUAAAAUUAGAUCAUAGAUAAAAUGGAUAACAUACAGAAUAUGCUAUUCAAGUAAAUUAUAAAUGCAAACAAUAUGGUGGAACUCUUAUCAAUUAUGAAAUGACUUUUUUGGUACCAAAUUGUGGAGAUACUCAAAUUUAUUGGAAAAAGUUUUGUGGCAACCCACUCACAUUAAGAGAAGGAUUUACUGUAGAUAUGAUUUAUAAAAACUAUAGAUAAGCAAUAAUUAAAAACUCAGAAAUUAUCAAUGCUUCAUAUUUUGAUUAAGAUUUAGAUAAUUAUGUUUUCAAUGUAGCUAGAGAUAUUAAUGUUAUUUAAUUUGUUUUACAAAUGAAAUCAUCUAAUCCUACUAAUGAUCCUAUUCCAGAAGGUUUCAUUACUGAUAUAGAAACACUUAAAGCUAUUCCGGAAGUUAAUUUGACCUAACCAUAUGUAGAUAUUGAAAUGGAAAAUGUAACAAAAGCUUGGUUUGAAGGUGAUCUAGCCAAAGGAGGCUUAAUUACUGAAAAAGAAAAUUUACUUACACUUAAUUUUAAAUGUUUUGGCAUAGGGACUUCAAAAAUUGAAAUUACUUUUCCAUUUCAAUACUUUAAAGAUAUUACAUUAGUCAUUGUAAAAGAUUGCAAUUUUGCAUAUAAAGUAUAAAAUGUUAUUAAUGCAAAAUAUUAAGAGAGUGAUAGAAUUAGUAAUUAUAUUUUAAUUAUCAUUUAGCCUUUAUCAUUUAUAUUAUCAUCAUUUGUAUAGUGACAGGUUUAUUUGUUAAUUUAUGCAUUGGUAGAAAAAAAGGCUUAGCAAACAUUCCCUUGUUGAUAACCUUUAUUAAUACCAUAUUAUGUAUCACUUGCUAAUAAAAAAGGUAUAAAGAUUUUAAAUUUUAGUUGCUUAGGUAAAUUCAUUAGAAAAAGACUAGGAUUAAUAGGAGAAUCAUUCUUAAAUGAUGAACCAGAUGAAUCUUUUACCUCUAGUUAGAAAUAAUUUUAUGGAUCUAUUUGA